GAGAUGGGAUGAAUGAGUUAUGAGUAUGAGGUGCGGACAAGGUCGCAGAGUUUGCGCCAAAUGAACAAAGCAAAGGCAAACGUAAACCUUUAACUUCAAUUACUUCCCUCUCUCUUUCUCAUUCAUACCCCUAAACGCCGUCGUUUCCACCGCUUCCUCGCCACUGGUUGGUUGGCAUGAAUAGCGCCUUCAACGAGCAGAUACUCGCGGACAAGCUGUCCAAGCUCAACAGCACCCAGCAGUGCAUUGAAACUUUAUCACAUUGGUGUAUAUUUCACCGGAGUGAAGCAGAGCUGGUUGUGGGAACAUGGAGUAAACAAUUUCAGAAUUCAGAGAAGGUUCAGCGAGUCCCCCUUCUGUACCUUGCAAAUGAUAUCCUGCAGAACAGCAAACGUAACGGAAAUGAAUUUGUGACUGAGUUUUGGAAGGUUCUUCCCACAGCACUUAAGGAUGUUCUUGAGAAAGGUGAUGAUCAAGAAAAGCGUGCAGUAUUUAGACUGGUUGAUAUAUGGGAGGAAAGGAGAGUGUUUGGAUCUCAGGCUAAGAACCUUAAAAAUGUAAUACUUGGAGAAGAAGCACCUCCACAGUUGGAAUUCAACAAAAAGAGAUCCCGUUCUGUUAGAAUUGUGAAAAAGGAUUCACGUUCCAUUAAAACGAAAUUGUCCAUUGGAGGUACUGCAGAAAAAAUAGUUUCAGCCUUUCAUACAGUGCUGAAUGAACAUUCCAAUGAAGAUGCAGAGAUGAGUAAAUGCAAGUCAGCUGUUCAUCGUGUGAGGAAGAUGGAGAAAAAUGUUGAUAUUGCAUGUGCUAUUGUAAAGGACCCUAAGCGGAAAACUUUGGCUAAGGAACUAGUGGAGGAAGAAAAUAUUUUGAAACAAUGCAUUGAUAAUCUCAAAUUAGUUGAAGCAAGUAGAGCGGCUCUUGUAACUCAGUUAAAAGAAGCUUUGCAUGAACAGGAAUCUGAGCUGGAGAAUGUUCGUACUCAGAUUCAGGUAGCGCAAGCACAAGUAGAAGAGGCCAGCUACAUGCGGAAGCGACUUGAUGAUGAAGAUUCUUCAUAUAAAGCAUCAACUGCAACGGCUUCAGUUACUGAUGUGAAUACAAAAUCAGAAGCAGCAAAUAAGAAGUCAGCUGCAGCAAUUGCAGCUGAGGUUGCGGAUAAGCUAGCAGCUUCUUCAUCAUCUCAGUUAAUCAUGACUUCUGUUCUCUCAACAUUUGCAGCGGAAGAGGCAAAAAAUGCUUGUCUAACUUCCGAGUCCAUGUCAAAACCUGAGAAGUCAACACCUGUAUCAGAUCCAAAUGCUUUUAUGUCUGCACCACAGUUAAUUGCUACACCAAAUCAUUCAUAUCCUUCGGUUUUAGUACCUCAACCCACCUUACAGAAUCCAGCCGCUGCAUCACAGGGUCAAUAUCAAAUGCUUUGUAAUUCGUCCUCCCAGCAUUAUUUGCAAUCAACAGGAGGGGUCAUUUCUCCAUAUGGUUAUGGUAGCGUCCCACCGUUACCACUGGGACCACCCCCACCCCAUAUGGUGGGCCCAAUGGUGCCUCUGACACAUCAGACGCUGCAAAUAACUCAGCAGCAGCCAGCACCUAUAACUCAGCAACAGCCAGUAAAAAUGACGCAGCAAGCCCCAGGACCUCCUAGUUUUAGACCACUUCAACCACCAGGAAUGGUGUACUAUGGUAAUCAUCAGCAUUCUUUAUGAGACUUGCAGUAAUUAGAAUUUAAUCAAAUUGACAUGUAUGAAAGAAGCAAAAUCUGAAUUUUAUGUUUAGCAAAUGACAUGCUCACUGGGGUUGACUUGAGAAAUAAGUGGAAGCCCAGACUUUGGUCCCUGGGAUGUGCAAGGAAAGUAUCAAACCUCAAGAUUCUAAAUGCUUUAAACAAAUUCAAUUGAGACUGAGGGAGCAUUGAGUUCUCAUGAGCAAGGUAGAUUUCAUGCGAGAGAUUUUGAAAGAAUUUUUUGUGAUGAUAAUGUACUUGUAUUGUAUAUACUUGGCUAAUCAAAUAAUUAUUGGAUUA